ACCGAUACUGACCGACCGAUACUCACCCUUAACUUUCCAGUGAGUAUGUAGAAGAACGAACUCUCCAUCAAAAUUCUAUAUAACCCUCUAAGCUGUGAUUAUAUCUCCCGAAAGUUUUCAUACUCUUAAAAUGGAAAAGGAGAAUGCAGUGAAAAUUGUUGAAGUCUGUAAGAUCUCUCCAUCCUCACAUUCUUCAUCAAAAUUUUCCCUUCCUCUCGCAGCCUUUGAUUGGUUGUUCAUUAACUUCCCUCCACUAGAUCGUGUAAUCUAUUACUCAAUCUCUCAUAAUUAUUCAGAUUCAUUCUUCCAUUCAAUCAUAAUUCCUAAACUCAAGCACUCCCUCUCCCUCACUCUCAGCCACUUCCUCCCUCUCGCCGGCAACCUCCUCUGGCCGGCGGAUUCCCCACUUCCCUUCAUCCUCUAUUCCCCCAACGAUGCCGUUUCCUUCACCGUCGCCGAGACUGACUCCGACUUCCACCGUGUUUCCGGCAACCAUCCACGUCAGAUUAAAGACUCUUAUCCCUUCGUACCCAUGAUCCAACCACCUAAUUCUUCUGCCACCGCGGUUCCACUAAUGGCCGUACAGGUUACUCAUUUUCCAAAUCAUGGGUUUUGCAUUGGCCUCUCUACCCACCAUGUACUUUUAGAUGACAAAAGUUUCAGCUUAUUUUUCAAAUCAUGGGCUCACAUCAACCGCUGCCAAUUAGAAUCAUUGUCUCCUAAUUACAAUUUGCCGUCUGAAUUCACCCCUUCAUUUGAAAGGCCUACAAACGUCCUUCGAAACCCUCUCGAUUUCGUCCCCAAAAAAAGAAGCUUGAAAUUCUCACAACUCCUUCUCAUGUCUCCAUCCAACUGGAUUCUAGGCACGUUCGAGCUGACCCCAACACACAUAGAGAAACUCAAGAAAAGGGUAUUGGAGGAAAUAGAAGAUGAUCAGAAGGGUGGUUCAGAAGAAGAAUUGCAUUUAUCGACAUUUGUGGUGGCGUAUGCGUAUGCGUUGAUAUGUUUAAUCAAAGCAAAACAAGGGGAGUGCAAAGAAGUUGUGCAUUUAUCCUUGGCUGCAGAUGUUCGUGGGCUGUUGGAUCCUCCAAUUUCGAGCAACUAUUUUGGCAACUGCGUGACCCAUCGGGGGAUGUUGGUGGAAGCCAGAGAAUUUAGAGAAGAAGGGUUUGCAAAUAUUGUUAAGAAAAUUAGCCAUCUGAUUUUGGAAGUGAAAGGAGGAAGUAGCGCAAUCGAGGCGCAUAAACCUCCUGAUGUGGAUGAGCAGCAGCACAGUUUUUUAUCAGAAAUCGAAGCUUGUACAGUUGUGGCUUCACCAAAGUUCAAGUAUUAUCAAAAUGAUUUCGGGUGGGGAAAUCCCAACAAAUGUGAGAUUGUUUCGUUGGGAAGCAACAAUAUUGCUUUGACAGACACCAGAGAUGGAGAUGGUGGUAUUGAAGUUAGUCUGCUUCUUCCAAAUCCUCAUCAAAUGGACAUCUUUGUUUCUCUCAUUGCUCAGUGUCUAAAUUAGUCUAUUUUGGUUUCGAUUCGCGAGCUUUUCAUUUGAUCUAUAAAUUUCAAAAUCUCAAGUUUUUUUUUAACGUGGGAUGUCUGGUAAUGUUGACGUGGCGUAAAGAAAAUGUCAGAGUAGUACGUCAGUACUUAUUUUCUAUUCAAAUUAUGACGCAUCAUUGAAUAAUAUAUAUUGUUUUAUUUAA